UUGAUGAAGAGUGGUCAGCAGUACAAUGCAGGCCUGCUCCUCCUGGGAUCUUCCCCAUACCCGCUAACACAAGGUGGCCGCUGGCAGUCUCCUGUGCAGGGGGUCUGUGCUGUCCCAAGAUGUGCCACGGGGCCCUGUUGGUGGCCCUGCCUGUGCUGUCCCUGCUGGUCUGCUCUGGGCAGGGGAAGCCUCUGGAGAGCCGGGUCCCGACAUUGACCAGGGCAGAUGCUCACAGACUGCUAAGGGGUGUUGGAGGUGAGCAGGUGGGAGGCACCUUCGACCUGAGGAUGUUUCUGGAGAACAUGAAGGUGGAUUUCCUGCGCAGCCUCAACUUGAGUGGGGUCCCUUCCCAGGACAAAACCCAAGCGGAGUUGCCGCAGUACAUGAUCGACCUGUACAACAGAUACACCACUGAUAAGUCGUCCAUCCCCACAUCGAACAUCGUGCGCAGCUUCAGCGUGGAAGAUGCUGUCUCUAUGUCUGCCACAGAAGAAUUCCCCUUCCAGAAACACAUCUUGCUUUUCAACAUCUCCAUUCCCAGGCAUGAGCAAAUUACCAGGGCAGAGCUCCGACUCUACAUCUCCUGCCAAAGUCACAAGGACUCUUCUCAUGAGCUGAAAGGAAACAUGGUCAUUUAUGAUGUUCUGGAUGAAGCAGACACAUGGGAUGCUUCUGCAGGAACUAAGACCUUCCUAGUGUCCCAGGACAUUUGGGAUGAAGGCUGGGAGAAGUUUGAGGUCUCCAGUGCUGUAAAGCGGUGGGUCAGGGCAGAUUCCACCAAGAGCAAAAAUAAACUGGAAGUGACUGUGGUGAGUCACAGAAAAGGCUGUGACAAGCUGGACAUCAGUGUUCUCCCAGGCUCCAAAAACCUUCCUUUCUUUGUUGUCUUCUCCAAUGACCGCAGCAAUGGAACCAGAGAGACCAGGCUGGAGCUCAAGGAGAUGAUCAGCCAUGAGCAGGAGAGCAUGCUGAAGAAAUUGUCCAACAAUGGCCCAGCAGAGGCAGGUAAGAACAAGGAUGGCGAGGAGGAUGUGGAAAGCCACAUGACCAUGGGGUCAUCUUUAGCCAGACGGAAGAGGAGUGCUGGGACCAACAACCAUUGUCAGAAAACAUCCCUGAGGGUGAACUUCGAAGACAUUGGCUGGGACACCUGGAUCAUUGCACCCAAGGAGUAUGAUGCCUAUGAGUGCAAAGGUGGCUGCUUCUUCCCCCUGGCUGAUGAUGUGACCCCGACAAAACAUGCCAUUGUACAGACACUGGUGCAUCUCAAGUUCCCCAUGAAGGUGGGCAAGGCCUGCUGUGUGCCCACCAAACUCAGCCCUAUCUCCAUCCUCUAUAAGGAUGACAUGGGGGUCCCCACCCUCAAGUACCACUAUGAAGGGAUGAGCGUGGCAGAGUGUGGGUGCAGGUAGUGCCACCUGUGUGUGGAGGGGAGGCCAGCUUGGGGAAUUCAUAUUGAGAUGUCCUGCAUACCCCUGGGCAUGACAGGGACUAAAUCCAUCUGUAUACCAACCUGGAGAUGAAAAAAAAGCUGUCACAUCUUCAAGGUAAAUGCUUGCUCUCCCUUUCAUGGCCCACCCCAAGCACAUUUCUGGGCUUAACUGCAGGGGAAGAUGGUGGCAAGGGGAGGUAAGGAUCUGGAGAGGAGGGAAGCCUGAAAGGGUUAUUGGAGUGGAAAGGGAGAUGAUGAAAGUGGGACAAGAGAAAAAAUAAUCCAGAAUCAGCAGAACACUGAUCAGAGGUGAGCCAGAGGAGUAUAGAUAGAUAGGUGAUGUGUAGACAUUUAUAGAAAUUAAAGGAAUUGAAGGGGAUGGGGCUUAUUCCAAUAAGCUCAGGAAGUGUGGAGAAAAGAAAUGGGCUAUGUGCUCCACACCAAUCAUUUGACAUAUUCCUGCAACCCAGUGAGAUGGCCAUUAAGACCCCUAACUUAUAUAUGCAGAACCCAAAACUCAGGUCAAGUAGCACCAGUCAAUCACCUAAUUCCAUCUCAUAGGUUUCCAUAGGUCUGUCUGUCUCCAUAGCCCAAGACCUUUCCAAGUGCCUCAUUGCAGUUUAGCAGGUCACCUUGUAGCUAAAGAUCAAUUAGAUGUUGGGAGGUUGGGAGUGUAGGGCACUGGAAUGAGACCGGCCAGUACUCACCAAUAUGACUGGGCUGCCUGUUACAACCAGGGCAUAUUCCAACUGCUCAGUGACUGUGCUAAUUCCUUGGCCAAAUUCUUUCUAAGAUCACCCUAGAGUCACUGAAAAACUACCCCCCAAACCAGCUGCACGAUGGAGAGAUUGCAGGACCACAGUCUGGCAUGCACUAUGCUGGAGCUACUUUGACCCUCUGGCACAGUGCUAAUAUGGGCAACAGUCCAGACAGAGCCACUGGCCGCCUGUGGACUCAAACUAUGUGAUGGUUUGGGAGAGACAGACACAGCUUAUUCUGAGGGCUGGGGUGGCCUAUGACCUGCAUCUCUGCAGUUAUUUACUCAGCAUAACCAGCUUACCAGAAUAACACACUAUGGGUUUUCAUACAUAGGGACUCCUCAGGAGACAGGGGUCUGAGCAGCACUCAGGUCCUUAUUGGCCAUCGCCAGCUCUGCCUGCACCUCUGGCUUUGUUGAGUAGUGUUCAUCUAGGCCCUGUCCUGGGCUUGGGUCCUGGUCAGCCCUCACUGACCCCAAGAGAGGACAAAAUUUCUGUUUCCUCUGAAUUUCAUCCCCCUGACUCUUGAGGCACACAUGGAAUGGGAUGGAGUGAGGAAGAGUCUUGAAGUGGUGAGGAUUCCACUCCAUGGCCCUUCUGACCACAGGCCAGAGCAGAGCCUAUAGAAGGCCUAUUCCCACUGGUGGAAGUUCCCAGUAUAUUUAAUUUUAAAAAAAGGAUUUGUGUUAAAUGUUUACAUAGACACAACGAACACCUUUAACAUAAAAAUGACAUAAAACAGUUUAAUUACUGGAGUUAUAGAAAAUACUAAUUCCUGGUGGACAAAGUUGCUCAAUCAUAAAGAUGGGUGAUGGAUAUCUUUUAAGUUCUGAUGGUGUAUUUCUAU